AUGAACGAAUUGCACAUCGAUCAUUACGGUGCCGUAAUCAUUUGUCCCUACAACAAGGCUCAUGUUAUUCCGGCUGCACGUAUUCAACGUCAUUUGUUCAAAUGCAGACGCCAAUACCCGAACGCAAAAAUAGACAUUUGCUGCUUCAACCGUGCACAUCACGUCCCGCAGCAGGACUUGCAGCAGCAUCAGAAAAACUGUCCCGACCGUGCACUAAUUGAGGUAUGCAAGUACGUCAUCGACGACGGUACUGCCAGCUUGUACAAACCUUCACCGAUGGAUGAUCAAGAUCCGGUAGAGGCAGUUGCUACGCAACAGUACAAACAGCAAGAUGAAAACUGGGAUGAUAUGGAUGCUCAACGGUACGAUCCAGUGCAAUAUUGCAUGGAAAAUCCCGUCGUCCGUAAGACGACAGGGCACAUGACGCCAUCUGAGAAACGGAAAUUCCGGGAGGAAGAACGCAUUCGCAUCAGUGAGUUAAACAAAGCUAUGGAAAGCAAGGGUUCGACUUUACAAGAAGCAUACAAGUAA